AUGUCGUUUCUCGCAGCCAACGGGUGUGUACACAUGGAUUUUACCGGGAAAACCGCUAUCGUCACCGGCGCGAGUUCCGGCAUCGGAGCGGCCACGGCCAAGCUGUUAUCCACACACGGAGCAACACUCGCACUCGUCGGACGGAAUGAACAAAGACUGCUGGAUGUGGCGAAGCAUUGCGAGGAAGCCAGUUCAAAGAAACCUCUGUGUCUUCUACUUGAUUUGACUAUAGACGGAAACUGUGAUGAAGUUGUCAGAAAAACAGUAGAGACAUUCAAACGGAUUGAUGUCUUGAUCAACUGUGCUGGUAAAGCCGCUGUCACAUCACUCUUUGAUACGAACAUGGAGAUAUUCGAUGAACUAGUUGCUUUGAAUCUCAGAGUACCGUAUAAACUAACUCAGUCCUGUAUACCGCAUUUGAAGAGGGUUAAAGGUAACAUUGUCAACGUUGUCGCGGCUCCCGUGAGAGUUAGGCCUGGAUUUCUACCGUUUGCAAUGAUUAGAGAUGCUUUGGACAGGUUUACCAAAGCGGGGGCGUUGGAACUAGUGAGUGAUGGUAUAAGGAUGAAUGCUGUACGUCCAGGAAUAACAAGAACAAAUUUAUUAGCAAACUUAAAUGUAGAAGAAGAGUUUAUGGAUCAAGCAUAUGACAAAAUAGCGAUGGCUGUGCCCAAUAAUGUUAUCAUAGAACCUGAGGAAAUUGCCAAAAUGAUUGUUUUUGCUGCAAGUGACAGUUGCCCUAAUUUAAAUGGUGCGAGUUUGAUUGUGGACGGUGCUGCGUCUUCGUAUUAA